AUGCCGCACUCCAAAUACGACAGCCCCGACAAUAACGCCCACGGCGUUCAAAUCUUCAAUCCAUUCUUCACCGACAACGUCCGACAUGGCUUCAACCGUAAACCCACUCCGCCCACCGCUAUCGACAGGCAGGAUGUUAUCAGACGUUUAAAGACAAGAGGAAAUGUCGAGACACAUCAGGAGCGACCACUGUCUCCCACGCGGAUACUUCUAGACCACGACAGCAAUGCCCUAGGUCUCGACAUCCCACGACCGCGUUCCGCCUUACACCGUGGUGACUUUAGAGAAGACGAUGACUCGCAACACACUAUUGCAACGUCCCCCAUAGUGCCAUGGCAUACUCAGUCGCAACUCUUGCAACGUCCGAGAGCUGCAUCCCAGGCUUCCUUAUCUGGCAGCUUCUCUUAUCAGCCGCCCACAAGUCCGCUCGUCCACCAAGCGAAUGCCAACGACAUGCCCGACCACGACUUACCCCAGUUCACCCCGACAAGGAAUCCACAUGCACCCUUGCACCGUCAUUCCUCGUUGCGUGCUUUUCCUUAUCAAGCACAUCAGCCUCGCCGCUCUAUCGGCUCAAUAUCCUCUUUGACACAAUCACCAUUCCUCUCGGCUCGACGUCCGUCCAUCUCGGAUGCUUCACCNCUACAACACGCCCCCAUGGUUGGUUCGUACGAGGAGAGCAUCCUCAGNGGUCGCAUGUCUACAACCCCGUCAAAGCCCCUUGACUUUGUCGCUCAGAUCGGCGUCCUCGGAAAAGGUGACUGCAAGCCAAGCCUGAAAUGUCCGCCUCACGUCUCCAUACCAUUUCCAGCAGUCUUUUACAGCUAUGCGUCUGGAACCACUACGGACCCAGAACCGAGUCCCUACGUCGGCAUGCUUGAUUUGGAGAACGCCUCGAAAAAGGCCGAGGAUCCAGAGGCUGCUACGGCACGCCGACGACGAAAACAUCAUCAAGACCAAGAACACAGCAAAAACAAUCCACAAAGCUUAACAGAGACCAGCAAUCUGGACCACGACAAGACUCAUCGACGUCAGCACAAGCUCCAUAAGCGAUCAAGUACAACAACACCGGUCGGAUCCUAUCGCAUUCCAGAAGUCGGUCAGCUGCAAAUCGUCAUCAAGAAUCCCAACAAGACUGCCGUCAAGCUCUUCCUCGUUCCUUACGACCUUUCGGAUAUGCCNCCUGGUACAAAAACAUUCAUUCGCCAGCGCUCAUACUCUGCUGGUCCCAUCAUUGAUCAGCCAAUCUUCAACCUAGCCCGCUUCCCAGAUGUCAGCAUCACCGAGAAACCAAUUCUUAGGUACCUGAUUCACUUGCACAUAUGCUCGACACAGAAAGGACGAUACUAUCUUUAUGGUGGCACAAGAGUGGUCUUCGCGAACCGAGUACCAGAUGGGAAGGAAAAGCUGCGCACAGAGAUGCAAAUGCCCGAGCCAAGAUAUUCUGUCUGGAAGCCAGCUGCUGCUGCGAUAGAUACAAUCGAUGUGGCGGCCAAGGCAAAGGAAGAUGCAAAGAGACGCCGCAGCGCUGUCUUCCCCUCGCACUCUUCCUUCGACAUGUUCCCUCAUCCUUCUUCUGGUUCAGUCGACAGUACAGCUUCUUUCCAACACUUCUCUCUCAGGCCUCAGCACGAGCAUUUGCCAACACUGGAAAGCCGACCACAAAGUCGUGGCGAUAUGGACAUCGAUGCCGCACCUACCAACUCAUUCAACAGCAUAGCGUGGGAAAGAGAAGGAAGAGGAGAAGAAGCAUUUGUCUUUGGAAGACGAGAUGGUAGUGUCGACGUCAAGACACGACAGGAGAGUCUGCUAAGCAGAAAACUCAGAGAUCUGGAAGUCAGGGGACGCAAAUGA